AAGAAAACAAAAAGAAUCAUAGAAAAUCUAAGUAGUCGAGACUCUCUUAAACCCAAAAAAUAUACUCAAAAACUGUAGAGAAAAAGAAUGGCUCUGGAGAACUGCUUUCAAUUGAGCACAGUGUGCACUAGUAGAGCUGCUGCUCUACAAUGUUAUCAUCCAUUUUCUUCAAAAGAAAAGCUUAAUUUGCCAACAUCUAACAGAUUGAAGAAGUCCCUACAAACAUCCUCUUUGUCAUCUUCAUCUUACCGGCCGCAUUCCCUCAUCAGCAAAUCCCGACGAUUAAGCGUUGUCUGCAAGGCUCGUGAAGCUGUGGAUGCAGUUCAAGUGGUGACAGAUUCAAGCUGGAGUAAUCUUGUGAUUGCAAGUGAAAACCCAGUUCUGGUGGAGUUUUGGGCACCAUGGUGUGGACCAUGUAGGAUGAUUGCACCUGUGAUUGAUGAACUGGCAAAAGAAUAUGCAGGGAAGAUUAUCUGCUGCAAGCUCAACACCGAUGACUGCCCCAACAUUGCCACUCAGUAUGGAAUCAGGAGCAUUCCGACUGUGCUGUUUUUCAAGAAUGGAGAGAAGAAAGAGAGUGUAAUUGGGGCAGUGCCCAAGUCCACUUUAUCUACUACAAUAGAGAAGUAUAUAACAGAGGGUUGAAAAUUGAAGAGAGAAAUGAAAAUCAUUGCCUUUGGCAUAAUGGCACACUGACGUUAUGCUCAUGAAGCUUUCAUUCAUUCAAGGAAGUAUUCAGGAUCAUCUCAAUAUGUAAAUGUAAUCAUUGUACUCUCCUUCAUUUUGUAUAUUUUAUUUUAAGUGACCUCAAUGCACUCAAGAAUGCCUUCAA